AUGCCUAAGAACGUGGCCACAUUGCCCGUGGACUCCAAUGUGAAGUCCAAAGAGGCAGAGGUCGGUGGAAACCUGGCUCAGAAGACAUAUUCGGAGAUGGCGGGAUCCGACUACAAAAAGAGACACUCGAUGUCGUCGCAGGCUGGAUCAAACAAGGAAGUUUUGGUGGCCUCAAACGCUCAGGGACUCAUGAAACUACCUGUGCCCAAUGACUUUGGUACUGUGGGGCCAGCACCGCUGGAGAUUACGGACCCUAAACAGUUUCGGACAGCACCAUCUAGGGACAUCAAUCUGCACGACACGAGUAUUGACAGAGACGCUUACGAGGCAAGGGAGCGGUCCAUCAAAAAGAUGGAAGAAGCUUUAGGAAGUGGCAAGUCUGAUAAUACGUAUCCGUGGAAAUCCAUCGGUGGGUUCUACGGUAGCGAUCGAGCACCAUCAAGCGUUGAUGGCGCCGCUGUAAAGGCUUACAUCACCGAAAAGUUCUACAACGACUUGUACUACAACAUGGCAGGAAUUCUGGGAACGUGCUAUUUCUCGUGGCUUUUGGCGUACUGGAGAUUUUCGUGGUUGUCAUUGUUUUUUGUCUUUUUCUGUGCUGGGUCAGUGUAUCGCACAGAGUUCCGUCGUUUCAAUCGGAACAUUCGCGACGAUCUUACCCGAAUUGUGGUGGAGGAGACUCUUUCCGACAGAAAGGAAUCGACGCUGUGGUUGAACUCAUUUUUGUCGAAAUUUUGGGUCAUCUACAUGCCUGUUCUAUCGCAGCAAGUCAAGGACAUCGCCAACCCUCAAUUGGCUGAUGUGGCCCCCGGAUAUGGUAUCGAUGCACUUUCUUUGGACGAGUUUACCCUGGGCACGAAGUCGCCCACCAUUGAUGGUAUAACCUCAUACACCAAGAGAGGCAAAGAUAUUGUGGAAAUGGACUGGGAAUUUUCUUUCACGCCAAAUGACGUGUCGAACAUGACGGCUAAAGAAGCCAAGGAGAAAAUCAACCCGAAAAUUGCACUGGGUGUGACUGUCGGCAAAGGCUUCGUUUCCAAAUCUUUGCCUGUCCUUGUUGAAGACAUCAACUGUAAGGGAAGAAUGCGUAUCACGAUCAAGUUGGGGCCAUCUUUUCCAAACAUCAAGAUUGUUUCCUUGUCUCUGAUGGAACCACCAUAUAUCGACUUUGCUUUGAAACCUGUUGGUGGGGACACUUUGGGUCUUGACAUCAUGUCUUUCUUGCCGGGCUUGAAGACGUUCGUGAAGACUAUGAUCAACUCGAAUGUGGGCCCAAUGCUAUACAACCCUCAUAAACUGGAUAUCGACGUGGAGGAAAUAGUGGCUGCGCAAGCUCAAGAUGCAAUCGGGGUUGUGGCAGUGACUGUUCACUCUGCUGAUGAUUUGAAGGGCUCUGAUUUUCUUGGCAACACUAUCGAUCCUUAUGUUACUCUUACAGCGGAAAACGGAAAUAUUGGCGAGACGACAAUCAGAACCUCAGUCAAAUCCGACAUCAAAUCACCUCGCUGGAACGAGACAAAAUACGUUUUGGUUAACAGUCUCGAUCAAAAAUUAUUUCUUAAAUGCUACGAUUUCAACGACGUUCGCAGAGAUACUUUGAUCGGAAAGACUGAAUACAACUUGAGUCAGCUGUUCCAAACAGCGGCCGUGACAGGACAGAAAGCAAAAUUGAUCUCGGGCGGUCGCACAAGGGGUACCCUUCAUUACGAUCUCCACUGGCUACCUGUUGUACAGCAGGACACCACCGCGACUAAAGAAGCAGGUCCUGGCCAGGUUAAUAAAGCAAAACAAGACGCUAAAAGAGAAGCGGACUCGAAGCAGGGAGAACAGGAGUAUGAAGAAGAGGACGAAGAUCAGGAUGAUCAGUCGGCUUCAGAUGUUGGUAUUUUGAAAGUCACUUUCCAUAAAGCCAGAUUCCUCAAAGCUCCGGGAUCUUCUUCAGGCGCUCUAAGUCCUUGUGCAGAGUUGUCGAUUGAUGGUAAGAUUGUGAAGAAGUACAGAACUUUGCAUCGCAUCAAUGAACCUUCUUGGGAAGAGGGCAUUGAAGUACUUGUUCCUUCCAAAAGAAAUUCUACCUUAUCUGUUAAAAUUUUCGACGUUAGUAUGACAGGAAAGGACCUUCUCUGUGAGUACUCUUCAUCAAUGGCCGAUAUUUUAAAUCUUGCCGAAAUUGGACAGAAAUCUCUGGAAGCGACACCCCAGGGUGAGUUAUUCUUCUCGGCUGUUUGGAAACCUAUUGCCAUGUCUGGAUCGUUCGCGCCAGUGAAUGCUGUUCGGGACCCGCUCGGAGUAGUUAGAGUGCACAUCAAGGAUGCAAUGGUUGAUGAAAAUUUAUCUGGCGUGGGCGAUAUUGAUCCAUACGUCACUGUAUCCUUGAAUAAUGAAGUGAAGUACGAGACACAGUACUUCUCUGAUAAUCGUGAACCUAAUUUCAACAGCGUGGUUUAUGUGCCAAUCACGUCAGAAAACCAGUCCAUUGUAUUGAGUGUUGUAGAUUAUCAGAAGGUUGGAAAGGACCGGCCUAUUGGCUCGUACAAAAUACCUGCUAAUAAGGUCAUGCAAAAGGACCCCGAAACUAAUCGCUACGUUCCUAUCAAGAAGCCGGAAACAACUCAGUGUAGGCUCAUGGGUAAGAACAUGAACUUAACGAAGAGUUUCAUAAAUGUAGAAUUGUCCUUUGUCCCUGUGGUCAAGGUGUACAGUCCAGAUGAGCUUGUUAAGGUAGAGCAGCUUGAGGCCAAGAUCAGGGAGCGCAAAGCCAAAUUCAUCAAAGAGCAAGAGAACCUAAAGAAGGAAAUGAAGGCUCACCCUGAUCAGUAUGAAAUCGUUAAGAUGGAUGUGGAAGACGAGAGUAGCGUCCAGCUAAAUGGAAAAGAAAAAUGGCCAGUUGAAAAACUUCUAAGCGUCAAUUCAGGCGUUCUAAACUAUCAAAUCUUAAGGGGCAAACUGUCAAAACAGUCAGCUCACCUGCAAGUUUUAUUUGACGAUAUAGCCACACCCGCUUCAACGUCGAUGAAGUCUAGAGGAGGGGAAGUUGUGCCAGAUAGUGGAUCCUGUUUCAUUCGCGAUUUGAAUCAUAGCCGAAUUACUUUGAGGCUCUCGAAAAACCACAAACCCAAAGACUUAGAUGAUGUUUUCGCUGAGCAAUCAUUUCCGGUCAAGGAACUAUUGGAAAAGGGAAUCAAAGGUCCUACUGUUGUUAAGGCUCAGGGCUCCGAAGUCGAGAUGCGCUUUUUGUACUCACCUGCCGAAGCUCCUCUGUCGCCCAAUGAGUCCAUUGAAGAUACCGGCAUUUUGAAGCUGAACAUUAUAUCUGCCAGUGACUUGCCUUCUCAUGACAGAAACAAUAAAUCUGAUCCUUUUGUGGAAAUAAAGGUGGACGGAAAGAGAGUAGAAAAGACGGAGGUUAUAAAGAAGAACUUGUCUCCCGUGUGGAACGCCAGAGUAGAGAUUCCUGUGCCUUCAAGGGCUAGAUGUGAUGUUCAAAUAGAGGUCUACGAUUGGGACAGAGCAGGGUCCAAUGACCUACUCUGUUCCACUUCUCUAGACGCCAAAAUGUUCGUUCCGGGCAAGACGCAUGACCUCGAACUGAAUCUGGAACCUCAAGGUGCGAUCAAGCUGAAGGCCACUUUCAUGCCCGAAUAUCUUUUCCCCCCAUUGGAUCCCGCGAAGGGUGGCCUAGCCAUCAAGCCGUUCAAAGCGCUUGGCGGUGUUGCGAGCAUGGGUGUAGGUGUGGCAGGAGCUGGUUUUGGAACAGCACAAGGGGUAGCGAGUGCGGGUCUCGGUGGCGUGCAAAAAGGAGGAAAAUUUUUGAAAGGCUUUGGAAGCAAAAAGUCCAAGAAAGAGCUCGAGGCUCGGAAAGCCUCACAUGAUGGUGGUGAGCGUCAAGACCCUAACGUGCGGAAAGCUCCUAAGCUAUCAAAUGAUUUUGACGUAACAAGACCCAACACAAGUUACGCGGAAGUGCCUAGUGGGGCAAAUGCUGGGCACGAUUCUGCGUCCAGCACACCAAAAAACGGCGAAGGGUCGAGCGUCGUUGGCGCACCCGGCCCGAUACACCAGCGCUCCUCUUCAACGGCCAGCAGCUUUGCACGUACCCUGGCUCCCAACGGUACUUACAGAGGUAAAGUCAUUGUUGUAGGAGCUCAAAACAUGGGGAAAGCUUCCUUGCAAUUGCGUAUUUCGCUGGCACAAGGUGGGCGUAUAAAGCACAUGUAUCGAACGGAAAGCCGGAAGACCAACUCGGAAGGGCGUGUGGAGUACAAUGAAUCUUGCGAGUUCAAGGCUUCUCCAGACGCUAAUUUAGUGUUUGGUGGGGUAUCCACGCAUCGCUUUGGCAAAGAUACAGAGUUGGGUGUGGCCCAAGUCAAUCUAGGCGAUGCUAGGAUACAGCAAGAGGGAAUAUUGUCGUUGAAGCUCGGUAAAGGGAGCUUACUACUGAGAAUAGAAUACGGUGACGACGAAGCUCCGCCGGUGCCAGCGAUUCCAUCCGAAUACAGAAGUCAAGAUUAA